AUGUCGAGCAUGGACAAGGUCGGACGAGGCUUGGCCCACGUUCUUGGGAUCAAGCUCGACUAUCGCGACGAGACCGGCGUCAACAAAGUGACACGAGGUGAAUCUGUAUACUCGGUGGAGAGUGCAGAUAGCUACAUCGAACAUGAGCCCACAGCAGCCGAAUGGCUUCGUUCUCUCGUCCCGACCGGCUCGCAAAUGAUGCACUACGGCAUAAAUUUGUUCCCCUUCGUCAAAUGGAUUGGCAAGUAUAACCUGCAGUGGUUGACUGGCGAUCUGGUUGCUGGUAUCACCAUUGGUGCCAUUGUCGUACCACAAGGUAUGGCGUAUGCUCAGCUUGCAUUGCUACCGGUGCAAUACGGCCUCUACUCAUCGUUCAUGGGCGUCUUGAUCUACUGGUUCUUCGCGACAUCGAAAGAUAUCACCAUCGGUCCCGUCGCAGUCUUGUCCACCGUUACCGGCAACGUUGUUGCCAAAACCCAACACGCUCACCCCAACAUUCCAGCUCCUGUCAUAGCGUCGGCACUCGCCAUCAUAUCUGGCGCGAUUGUCUGCUUUCUAGGUCUCGUACGGCUGGGAUGGAUCGUGGACUUGAUCUCACUCGCGUCAAUUUCUGCAUUCAUAACAGGAUCCGCCAUCAACAUUUGCGUGGGUCAGGUCCCAAACCUGAUGGGUAUCACCGGAUUUUCAGCGCGCGCAUCAACCUACAAGGUUGUUAUUAACAGUCUGAAGGGUCUGCCACGGACGAAGAUGGACGCCGCUCUAGGAUUGACGUCACUGUUCCUGUUGUACGCCAUUCGCUUCGUCUUCCAAUUCCUGGCGAAGAGGCAGCCCAACCGACGCAAGAUGUGGUUCUUCUUGAACACGCUACGAUCAGUCUUCGUCAUCCUGCUCUACACAAUGAUCAGCUGGCUUGUCAACCGCCAUUACGGAAAGACGGGCAGGAAUCCUGCAUCCAAAAGGUCUCACUUCAAGAUUCUUGGUCACGUGCCUCGUGGCUUCCAAGCUGCCGGCGUACCAAAGAUUGACAUUCCGAUCAUUCGAUCAUUCGUCAGCGAGCUCCCUGCCACAGUUAUUGUCCUCCUGAUCGAACAUAUUUCCAUCGCAAAGUCCUUUGGCAGAGUCAACAAUUAUCAGAUCGAUCCGUCUCAGGAGUUGGUUGCCAUUGGUGUUACGAAUUUGUUGGCUCCCUUCCUCGGCGCCUAUCCUGCGACUGGCUCUUUCUCAAGAACCGCCAUCAAAUCCAAGGCUGGUGUGCGAACGCCGCUUGCUGGUAUGAUUACUGCAGUCGUCGUGCUUUUGGCCAUUUACGCAUUGCCGGCAGUCUUUUACUGGAUUCCUCAGGCCGCACUGGCAGGUGUCAUCAUCCACGCCGUGGGCGAUUUGAUCACCCCACCGAAUGUUGUGUACCAGUUCUGGAAAAUCUCGCCUCUCGAAGUCGUGGUAUUCUUCGCCGGUGUUAUCGUCACGGUCUUUACCACAAUUGAAACUGGCGUUUACGUCACCAUCGUCCUUUCGUUCGUGAUCCUGAUUUUCCGCAUGUUCAAGGCAAAGGGUCGCUUCAUGGGCAGGGUCAAAGUCCACUCCGUGAUUGGCGAUCACCUCGUUGAGACGAAAGAAGGGAUCACUGCGGUUGCGCAAAAGUCACCUGAAAACGAUCCCGAUAAGUCUGUCAGGAACAUUUUCCUGCCGAUUGACCACGAGGAUGGUUCGAACCCUAACAUCCAUGCCGAACAUCCCUACCCAGGAGUCUUCAUCUACCGCUUCUCCGAGGGCUACAAUUAUCCCAACGCCAAUCACUACCUCGAUUACAUGGUCGAGACGGUCAUGAAGACGUGCAAACGCACCGACCCUCAUCUGUAUGCUCGCCCGGGAGACAGGCCGUGGAACGAUCCUGGCCCUAGCCGGUGGCACAAGCAGACCGAUGUUGUAGAUAACAGGCCGACACUGAAGGCGAUUAUCUUGGACUUCUCUUCCGUCAACAACGUGGAUCUUACAUCAACCCAGCAUCUCAUCGAUGUCCGAAACCAGUUGGACCGCUAUGCGGCGCCAGACCGUGUGCAGUGGCACUUCGCUUGCAUCAACAACAGGUGGACCAAGCGUGCCCUUGUAUCUGCGGGUUUCGGCUACCCAUCACCUACAGAUGACUCGGACUUUGGACGAUGGAAGCCUAUCUUCAGCGUUGCUGAGAUUGGUGGUCCUGACAGUGCUGCGGCUGCUGCAGAAGACGCUGAGCGGCGGGAACUGAGGCGUCAACGCAAUGAUGUCGAGGCCGCACGCUCUUUCAGCGCUGUACAGGAGGUUAACAGCACACCUGGAAGCGACCCCAGUUUGGAUAGCCUUGAGAAGGAGAUUAAUGCGAGUGGAGCAUAUGCCCGCGAGGCGUCCGACCACAGGAUUGCGGUGGUGCAGGGCAUGAACAGGCCGUUCUUCCACAUCGACUUAACGAGUGCGCUGCAAAGCGCUAUCCAGAAUGCUAAGCUGCACGAUGACAGAUACACUGCCGAGUCGAAGGCAGCUGGUUUGGAGGACAAGGAGUCUGAUGCAUAG